CUGUCACAAGCAGACCGCGAUAACAUCCGGCUGUUCAAAUGGCAAAUGACGAGUCAUACCACUCGUCGUGCCUAUGACCAACUGCGUUUUGCACUCAGGGACAGACUGCCCCUAGACUCACAAUUUAUCAUUCUACGUCGCAUUGCAAUACUCUCCGGCGUCAAACCACAUUACCACGACUGCUGUGUCAAUUCAUGCAUGGCAUACACGGAGAAAUAUGUACACAACCAAUUCUGCGAGUACUGUGGUGAGCCACGCUUAGACAGCAGAGGAAAAGCCAGGCGAAGAUUUUGCUACCUUCCCCUCAUUCCUCGCCUUCAGGGUUUUUUCCAGAAGCCCGAGCUCAUUGCGAAGAUGUCGUAUCGUGCAGAGUACAGGUCCGACCCCAGGUACAUGAGGGACGUCUUUGACUCCUCUCACUACCAGCAGCUCUGUCGCCACAAAGUUGUCGUGGACGGAGAAAAGCUCCCCUAUCAUUACUUUUCAGACCCUCGUGACAUUGCACUUAGCUUGUGCACAGAUAGCUAUCUGCUGUAC